ACGCUGGCGCGAACGAGUCGCUCAGUCGCGAGUUUGAAAGCGAAUCGUGAGAAUGUAUACUUGGCCGAGUGUCGUCGUUGCUGCAGCUCCUAAAUCGUGGUUUAAUAUGUUAAAGUUCACGUAAGGAGGAGUUUGGUCGUGCAGCUGCUGGUUUCGAGAUAUUAUGUACGGUUGGGCUUGCAGCUAAGGCUUUGAUCGGCAAUUUAUCAACGAGCAGAGCUUGUUGAAGGGCAUAGUUGAUAAAGGCUUCGGUCGAUUGCUCAAUUGGAGCAGCUGCAAUACAAAUACGUUAUUAACCAUUUAUUUUGUGAUUAUGAUUAUGGAAUUCGAAUUUGUUUAUUGAGAAAUUAAUUUUCAACAUUAGGCAUGGACAGUAGUAAAAAGUAUGAUAAUCCGAAUCCCAGACUUAAGACUAAUUUUGUUAGUAAAUGGUUUUUUGGAUGGCUUAUUCCAAUAUUUUGGUAUGGCAGAAGAAAUGAUCUCGAACCAAAAGACAUAUACAAUGUUUUGCCAAAUGAGAGAAGUGAAAAUCUUAGUAAUAAGUUAGAAAGAAAUUGGAAAAAUGAAUUGGAUGAAGCGCUUAGAAGUAAAAGAAAACCGAACUUUCAAAAAGCUAUUCAAAAGACAUUUCGAUAUACAUUUAUGAAGAUUGGAAUAAUAAUUUUUAUUUUGACAAUUAUUGUAAAAACUCUGCAACCUCUGGCUUUAGGUUUUUUAAUAGAACAUUAUAAUUCAAAUUCUACAUCAAGUACAAUUGAUGCUUUUAUUUAUGCUUCUGGAGUUGUACUUAUGACUUUUUUGGAGUCUAUGAUAUUUUGCCAUACAAAUUACCAAGCGCGAGAACUUGGCAUGCAACUGCGAAUCGCGUGUUCGUCUCUAAUCUACAGAAAAAUUAUGAGGUUAUCUUGCAUAUCAGCAAAUCGGGCUUCCAGCGGACUCGCAAUAAACUUGCUAUCGAAUGACGUUUUGAGGCUCGACAAUGUUUUUUUAUUUCUUCAUUACAUUUGGGUCACACCAUUGCAAGGAAUUCUAAUCGCCUAUCUUAUAUGGAGGAGUGUGGGCAUUGCGGCAUUGGCUGGAGUUCUGUUUAUAACGCUGCAAACUGUUCCUGUUCAAAUAUACUUUGGUAAAUUGAUACAUGGCUUCCGUAAAAAAGUUUCAAUGAGGACCGAUCAAAGAAUAUUGUUGAUGAACGAAAUAAUAAAUGGAAUUCGUGUAAUCAAGAUGUACACUUGGGAGCCAGUUUUUCGAAAAUUUAUAUAUACAGCAAGAAGCUAUGAAAUCGAUGUUAUUGGAGUUGUAAAUUAUUUGAAGGGCACGUGCUGGGCAUUUUAUGUUUAUACUCAACGAACAGCAUUAUUUGUUACAAUUCUAGUUUACGUCCUAGAGAAUAACAUUAUAUCAGCUGAUAAAGUUUUCACGAUAGCCCAAUACUAUUCUAUAAUUCAAUUAUCCAUGGCAACUUUAUUUCCUCGAGGUUUGCAUUUUUACGCUGAAGCGAGAGUAUCAAUCAAUAGGAUCCAGAACUUUUUACUUUUUGAGGAAAUUAAGAAUGAGAAUAAACUUGAUGAUCAGAAUGACAAGGAGAGAACAAUUUUUAUAGAAAAAGUACAAGCAUCUUGGACCGAAGAGUCGACUGUUAAUGUUUUAAAUGAUAUUAAUGUUACUAUAAAAAAUCACGAUUUAUGUGUAAUAGUGGGAAAUGUUGGUGCGGGAAAGAGUUCCUUCCUGAAACUACUACUUGGCGAGUUCCGACCAAGCACUGGUCGCAUUUCCAUGCACGGGAAAUUUUCAUAUGCUAGUCAAGAGCCUUGGCUUUUCACUGCAUCCAUUAGAAAUAAUAUCAUUUUCGGUGAGGCCUAUGACGAGGAGAAAUACAAUCGUGUAACGACCGCGUGCUGUUUAAUCCCUGAUUUUCAACAAUUGCCACAUGGAGAUCGAACUCUCGUUGGUGAAAGAGGCGCAUCCCUAAGUGGCGGCCAAUGUGCCAGGGUUAAUUUAGCUAGAGCCGUAUAUAGAGAUGCUGAUAUAUACAUUUUGGAUGAUCCUUUAUCAGCAGUUGAUACGCGUGUUGGUAAACGCCUUUUCCAAAAUUGCAUAAAUGGAUAUUUAAAAGAUAAGACUCGUAUAUUAGUGACUCACCAAAUUCAAUUUUUAAAAGAUGCAGAUAAAAUUAUUUAUCUUGUAAAGGGGCAUAUUCAAUUUGAAGGGCAGUUUGAAGAUUUCCAAAAGUGCAAUGAAUAUUUCGAGAACAUGGAUGAAAAUGAAUUGAUCGAAAAACCAUUAGCGAAGGACCCAGCCAAUAUAAGCGUUACCGAGGAUUUACUAGAUAUUCCUACUUCAACUGACAAUGAAAAUCAGGAAGAGCCGAAGGAAACCGAAGAACUUGUAGCAAAAGGGAUCGUUGCAAAAUCUCUUUAUUGGAAGUAUUUCCGAAUAAGUGGCUCUUACAGCUUAUUGUUUCUAUUAGUCAUUAUCAUUAUAACGGCUCAGCUACUUAGUAGUAGUAGUGAUUAUUGGGUUGCAUAUUGGAUCAGGAUGGAACAUGAUAAAUAUGAUACAUUAUUAACCGAAUAUAACAAAAACAUUACAAAACCUUCAACCGAGGCAGGAAUAUUAGAUUCUGUGAUUAAUCGCACAAACUUAUCACCAAUGACAAAUACAGAAAGGACAGGAUAUUUUGAUAAACACAUGGCUCUUUUUAUAUAUGGAUUUCUAGUAUUUGGUAGUGCGAUUAUGUUAACUGGAAGGAAUUUAUUGUUAUACAAAAUCUGUAAUAAUACAAGUAGUAAUAUUCAUAAUCAAAUGAUCGAUCGAAUUUUAAAAACGCCGAUAAAAUUUUUCGACUUAAAUCCCUCUGGUCGAAUUCUUAAUCGUUUUUCCAAAGAUCUUGGAGCCGUCGAUGAACUUUUUUCAUUUGCAUUAGUCGAAUGCAUGCAAAUAGCCUCUGUUUUGAUUGGUGUAAUUGUCCAAGUACUUAUUAUUAACUGGUGGAUGGUUUUUCCGAUGUGUAUAAUGUUAUUACUUCACUGGACGAUAAAGAAUUUAUAUAUUUCAACUGCUCAAAAUUUAAAGAGAUUGGAAGGCAAUGCUAAAAGUCCAGUAUUAUCUCACGCUAAUUCCUCUAUAUCUGGACUCUUGACAAUUCGCUCGUGCCAAGCCGAGUCAUUGGUUUGUAAAGAGUUCGAUAAUCAACAGGAUGUUCAUACGGCAGCCUUUUCCUUGGUUUUAGCAUCCAUGACGGCCUUCGGAUUGUGGAUUGACUUGGUGACCGUAUGCUUUUCAGCUGUUGUUAAUUAUAGUUUUAUCAUAUUCGAUAGCAAAAGCAUUUCUGGUGAAAAUGUUGGCCUUGCUAUUACUCAAGUUUUAGCUUUAUGUGGCAUACUACAACACGGCAUGAAAAUGGUUGCUGAAAUAAUGACGCAGAUAAUUAGCUUUGAGCGAUUGUAUCAAUUUACUAAGUUAGAGCAAGAGGGUCCUUUCCAAACUGAGCUUGGUAAAGAGCCGCCUAAGACUUGGCCAGAUAAAGGAGAAAUCCAAUUUGAACAUCUGUAUCUCAAGUAUAGUAAUGCCGACACGUCUGAACCUGUUUUAAAAAAUCUGUGUUUUAAUGUGAAAUCAGGAAUGAAGGUUGGUAUAGUUGGACGAACGGGGGCCGGAAAAUCAUCCCUGACAUCCGCACUUUUCCGAUUAGUUCCCAUCGACGGUGGUCUCUACAUCGAUGGCGUGGACACGACAAGAAUUGGCCUGAAUGAUUUGCGUAGUAAGAUCUCCAUAAUUCCGCAAGAGCCAAUGCUAUUCUCCGGAUCUAUCAGAGAAAAUCUCGAUCCGUUUCAUGAGUUUGAUGAUGCUAUUAUUUGGUCGGCUUUGCAAGACGUUGAAUUGCACAAGGCAUUUACUUCUCUAGAUCAGUUGGUUGAUCAAAGUGGAAAAAAUUUUAGUGCCGGUCAACGGCAGCUCCUUUGUCUGGCUCGUGCCAUCGUAAAAAAGAAUAAGGUUUUGGUAUUGGAUGAGGCGACGGCCAAUGUCGAUCAUCUCACCGACGCUCUGAUACAAAAAACUAUUAGAAUUAACUUUAAAGACUGUACGGUCUUGACAAUAGCUCACAGAUUAAAUACAAUCAUGGACAGUGAUAAGGUAUUAGUAAUGAAUAAUGGAGAAGCUGAAGAAUACGAUCAUCCCUAUGUACUAUUGCAAAAGAAUAACGGUCACUUUGUCAAAAUGAUAGAACAAACUGGGAAAGCAAUGGCUGAACAUCUUAUGAAAAUUGCAAAGGAAGCAUACGAAAAGGAGAGAAAAAGUAUUGAUGUAUUAAGAGAAGGUUUUUUAAGUUUGGCCUUUAAGGAUAGUAACUGUACAGUAUAA